AUGCCCCGGGAUAAAAAAGCUCCUGUUCGACGUGUAAGUGCUCUCGAUCAGUCAGAUACGGUUUCUCCCUUGUUCCGACCACAUAACGAGGUUUCUAAUCAUUCAUUCUCUCUAUCGUUCGACGCCUUGUCCAGGUAUUUUAUAGGAUAAUAAGGAGAUAAGGAAUCCAAGUUAUUCUAUUUUGAAUACCUUCCAAAUUGGCCCUGUUAAAUCGAAAAAGUUGAAUAGGAAUUUGAUAUUUAAUCCUAGUUUUCGGAAAAAUUUUUAUUCACUGAUCUUUAACGUAUAUCAAAAAGUCUGUGAGUUUUAUAUCAAAAAAUUGAAAGAACAGUUUACUUUUGAUAGAUAUGUCUUUUGCAGUUAAAUGAGCAUCAAAAAAUGGAAGCAUAUCAAGAAGAAGAACUUAUCAAACGAGAUUUGGAAGCACUCGCGAAAGCUGAACGGCGGCACGAAAUAAAAUUGAAACGACUUAGAAUGGAGGCGCGGAGCGCAAAAGAAACGGAAGAGGAAUCUGACGAAGAAGAUGAUUUCAGUGGGUUUUUUUCACGAAGUUUUUUUAAAACUUAAAUUUUCUUAAUCGGAAUUAUGAUUUUUCAAAUAGGAAUUUCGUUAAAGGGUUUUUAUAGGGAAAAUGAAGGCUGUUCUCUGCUGUGGUUAGACAAGAAUAUUAUUAAGGCUUUUCUUCUUCGUCUUCAUCAGCCGUUUCCAGUUCGGAAGACGAAUAUGAACCGCCGACAAACAAUUCAAUGGAAAGCAACCAACGACGAAAUUUCUCCAGGGGGAUUUUCAAUGCUUCUCAAAGGUUUUUUAGUCAUAUAUCUCGUAAAGUUAUGUGAUAGCUGUUUUUUUACACAAAAAAAAUCUUGAAAAGUAAAGAAAAUGGUCGUUUUGAAAUUUGUUUCAAGUUUCACAAUAAGUUGGCAAAUUCGAGCUAACCGCUUCAAUUCGGAACGCUGUUGCGAAUAAAUCUAAUGUUUAUUCUUUUUUUCUGGCGCUUUUCAAAUAUGAAAUUCAAAUAGUCGAGCAGUACGCGUUUUUUUGUGUUUCGUUUUCAUGUGACUCGUGACCAAGUUUGUUGGGAGAAUAUUUUUUUUUGUGAUGAUAUAAUGAUCUUUUUCCGAUUUCAUUUAUAAACUUCAUACCUAAAAAACGAGGGUCUCGUGAAAAACCAAUAAAAUGCAUCAUAUUCCGCAAUAUAAUAUAAAUUCUAAAUGAUAAUCUCGCAAACGAUAACCGCCAUUCAGAUACAACUUCAACAUUCGUCGUAUCGAGAAGAAGUACAAACAGAGGAUGAGAAAUGCAGAACUUGGCUCUCGAGUGGAAGUGAGAAUUCGAACUCAUCCCGAAAAAGUCAAUUUUUUGCAGAUUGAAGUCAAUUCGGGAGCCUUUCACUUUCCAGAAGAAAUUCCUGAAACGGAGAAGAAAAAGUUCAUUGAUGAAUUUUCCAAGUUUGGAGAUCAGUUCGGGUUUGUCUUCGUCAUUAUAAGUACAUGAAUAUCUGUUUUAAAAGGCGAAAACCUCUUUCACAGGUUUAGUUUCAAAUUUUAAUAAGGAAUGAUGUUUUAAUGUGUAGUUUGGAUUGUUCUAUAAAUUCACCCGUCUGAGGGAAGAUUUCUCAUGGUUUUCAAGAUCUGAGGAGAGAUUCUUAUAGUCGCUUCCAAAAAUGGCAGAGAUCUCUCCUCGUCGCCUAUAAUAACUUAUUUUUUUUUCGUUUUUGAAGUCAGCCAUUUUUUGGUCGUUGCUUUUAUCCAAACGUUCUUUUCUUUAAAAAUAAGUGCAAUUAAAACAUUUUUCUGGGAAAAAAACUGUCGGUUUUUGUGACUAUUUUCGGAAUAAGUGAUGCAAUACUGACAUCCUCGCUGCGCGCUCACCGAUCUUAAAGAGACUUUGAAACGGCGGACUUGCUCUAUUUUCGUCAUAACAGCUUAUCGUUGGGAUUUUAAGAUUCGCCUCUCUCUCGGCGCCUUGCAACACCGUCGACGUCUUGGAAGGCAACUACUCUCUUCUCAGAAAAUGCGCCGAAGUCGACUUUGUGAGUUAACAACUUUCGUUUUGAUUGGAAUGUUUGCUGAAGGAGUUCAAAUCCAAUUCAUCACGGAGCUACAUCAACGAAGUCGAACGAUCAAUGACAGAAGACUCGGACGUGAGAGUCGCAGACGUUUCUACGAAGAGAAAGUCUCUGGAAAUGCCUGAAGAAUUGCCUAACAAGAGAAUCCGAACUUUCGAACCCGAAAUCAGUCCUGUAGGUUGGGAAUUUUUCGGCGUUCACCAAACUUUUAUUCAAGUACGAAAAGGAGAACACGGAAUUUCUCCCCUUGGAAACGAAAGAAAAGCCGACAAUUCGACAUGAUCCAACUUUCGGUUUGAUUUUUUUGAUAAUGCCUCUAUCCGAGCUCUUUUUGAAGAAAAGAUGAAUGAACCGAUGACUCGAAAACACACAUCACCACACAAAAACAAGAAGGAAGUCCGAUCGAAGGAAGAAAAACGUAUGUUUUCCCAGGGAAAUUCCUUGGUGUUUACCAUUUUUUUUCGAAAGAAUUACUUCGUUCCUUCAUCCGCAUGGGUUUAGGAACGCUGUUACUCUCUGCAAACGACAGACAACUUCUUUGACAAAAAAUAUUUUUCGAGAGAGUUAUUUUACAUGCUCCAAAUACUUGUUUCUGCUUCUGUAAACGUAUAUUAUAAAAAAUUGUGUUGUAAACGUUUUUUCACGUUCUAUAGAUAGGAACCACAAAGCAGUUUUUGAAUCUCAUCCGAUCGCUUCGAUUUUGGUAUCAUCUUAAAGCUAAUGCCCCCUUAGCGAAUCCCAAAAAAAUUUAAAAAGAUUAAAAAUCAGAGCAGCCCAAAAAGAAAUGUUUUAAGAAAUAUUUUUUUAUGGUUAUACUUUAUCAACUGCACAUUUGGACUUCUAGUUCGCCAAAAGCGGUUAUUUUUUAUAUAGCUUUAAAAGUUGUUCUUUACUUCCCAGUCGAUUUCAUCUGACUAAAAAAACAAAAAUAAAUGAUUUUAUUUAUUUGUUGUCUGAGAUCGCUCGUACAUUAGGAAUAAAUUUUUGUGUUUCUUAUAGGAAGAAGCUUAGUUCUGCGGUCGCUAUUCACGGAAUACUACUAAAUGUUCAUUUAUUUGUUAUAGCACUUCUUGAUGCAAGACAGGAAGAACAAACUGAAAAAGCAGUAAGAGUAGAAACAAUCGUUCGGCCGAUAAAUAAAGAGAUUCGUGGUUUCAUUAUCUUACCCCGAAGAAGAGAAAAUAGGAGGAAAGUUAUAGAAUUGGAAAAACAAGCCGAUGAGGAGUCGUGUGAUGCGAGCUGUAGUACAUCCGUUCAUACUGCCAUUUCAAAUAGUAGCGGUAAGAAUUUGUAUUUGUUUACCCAGAUCUUUAAAUUUUUCAGAAUCCUUUGCCUCAUUAGAAGUUCAGCUUGUCAGUGACGAGUGAGUUUUUUUUCUUUUCCCUCUUACCUAUUGAAAUUUUGUGCCGUUUUUUACUGCAUCUCCGCAAGUUUCUAAUAAUUUUUCAUCGACAACUGGUUCAAAUUUUUUAAUUUGAAAACCAAAUCAGUUGAACUUGGACAAAGUAAACGCUCUUCUUUGCGGGCUUUACGUCUCUAAACCGCAUUUUCGUGUGGUGGAGGCAAAUUUAGUAUAAAACGCCGUGGAAAGUAAAAAUUUACAGAGAAGACGAUUUGCACGUGGAAAAAAAGACAAAUAGUGCUGGGAAUUCCAAGAAAGAGACCGAAAUCGCGCAUCCGCAAUCGUUGAAAAGCAAGUGUACGUUCUGGGAUCAGGUCUUUCUCAUUUCGGCCCUGAUGAGUUUUUGACAGGAAAAUUUCAGAGGAUUGGUUCAUUGGUAGAUGAACUGCCAAUCAAAAAACUCAUGUUUUUCGGGAUACCUUUUGGCUCGACUCUUCAGCUAUGGUUGGUGAAGCUCUGAUAUUAAGUAAGGCUUUCUAAUGUUUCAGUGAGAAAAACUGCUCAAUGCUGGAUGCGUGGAUCACGACACCCUCAUUGAUGUUCGUUUGUUUUGGAGAAUUCAAUUUCGCGAGCUUUUUGCACUGUUUUGUUUUUUUCAGACCGGUGGACUGCGCAGACACCUUCGACAGCGACUACCGCAGGAAAUUAGCGAACUGGAGACACAAUGACCAGCAAUACCGUGCUGGAUUCAAAACUUUUUGA